GCUACUUUAUAAUACACAAAUACGCUAGUGUGUUGACUAAUCCGAGAGUAUUGAACUGUCGGUAGCAUUAGCAGGUAGCAGUACGCAGAUAAAGUGAACGUGUUACUAAUCCUCCUUGAUUAGGUAUCUUUGUAUAUUGUGCAUUGGAAAAAGUACAAGAAAUCCACCAACCAUGGCAGGAGUGGCCUCAGUUAAAAAUAUGGUGACCACUCAGAAAUCUGGAGCAGAGUUUUUAGCUUCAUCACAUUUCUCUAUUUCACAAGAUCCAGCAGCAAUUCUUCCUUCCAUGCAGACAACUUUCAGGAAAGAUUAUAUUCCCCAUAAUACAACAUCAAAACCAGGCGCUGCUAUUCCCCCAGCUCCUGCUGGGCUGAUGCAUCAAGAUGCCAGAUUCUUCAAUGAAAAAGCUUCCGAGACUGUUAAAUCAUACCAAUACACAUCUAUGACCAAACCAAAGUUGGAAAAUGCACAGGAAACAUUGCAAAGGACCAAUUUCAAGAUGGACAGGGAUUUAUCAAAAUUCGAAGCAUUCCACACAACUAAUAAUUUGUAUUAUCCACCAAGGCAAGGUUCUUCUUUUUCUAUGGCCAAACCAGCACAAAACCCUAUGAAGAGCAAUGUACCUCAGGGGGAUAUAGAAAAAGCACCCCAACCAAUGUCAGAUUACAGAGAUAGAUACAGGGGUCAUGACACCAGGAAAUUUCAAAUAGAAAAGGCUCCUUCUCAACAUAUAGGGGGUCCAGCUACAAUUCUUGGAGAUAACAGACUGCAUCACUACAGACCAACACAUGGAGAUGUUUUCACUGGAACUUUUUUACCGAAACUUCCUGCAUAUCCAGCACCUGUGGGUACUAAUAUACCACAAGGUGACCAAGAAAAGGAAGCCACCUACCAGUCCACAAUGCAGCAAUCCUAUCCAACACAGAAUGGUGAAAGGCAGCCAUACAGUAAACAGGCUGUACAAGAGAUGCUUCAGCACACACACUUUCGACUGGAUGAUGGGCACAAAACUUGGGAUACGUAUCAGAGUACUCAGGAGGACUCUUACAAAGUGAAACCAAUGAGUAUGGACCGUUUCAAGCCAGACCGCCAUCGUAAUCAAAGUGACCUUCCUGAGGGCGACACUAAUCCUGGGCGUAUAGCAGACAGGAUUAAUAUGACAACUAGCAGAUACUACCAUGGACAGUACCCAUAUGGGUUUUCUAACCCAGUUGUCUCAGGUGCUAACAAAAGGACUGAGAGCAAUGUGUGGUUUGGAGAACCCAGGAUGAACAGUGGGUUUUAUGACACAACCAUGGGUGAUGAAUUCUCACCUAAGAACGUCCCAUACUCAUACAACAGGUCCAACUUCCAUACUCAAAGUGCAAUACCUGUAAAUUAUUAUGGUAAUGAACUGACCAACCCUACCUACUAUAGUGAUUAUCAAGAUCCAAAACAGAAAAGAAUGAUUCCAGAUCCCAAGGCUGUCGAUAAUUUACGAGAAACCCACAUCAAGCCACCAUUAAAAGGAGAGAGAGACUUUAUUACAACACACAACAUUCAGUUUAUUCCAAAGAAAAUGGAGAAGCAAGUUUUGGUCGACUCUGGAAAGUUACAGCGGAGUUCUGUGCCUUUAGGGACAUUAAAUGUAUAAAUUCAACUUCAGAGAUGGGUCUCUUUCUCCCAUCUAUGUGAAGAACCAAUACCCAGGAUUAUGCUGAAAUAUGAUAAGGGAAAACUGUUCUUGAAAAAAGACAAAAGUUGUAUAGGAUUAUCAGGACUAGAUUAUUAUGAAACUUUGAAAAAUCAUAUUGUGUAUAUACUAGUAUAUAUGUUAUGAAUAAAAGUCAAAUGAAUGUUUUUUU